AUGGAAGUGGCUAAAGGAACAUUGACCUGGUAUAGCAAAGUGGGGAAUUACCUCCCAAGCUUCGCUUCGCGAUCUACUAUCGUAGAGAACGAGUGCAAAAUUGUAGAUAUGUUGUUUCAUAGUACCGGCUUAAGUGAUUACGAUGUACUGUGGGAUGGCCCGGAUAAUCGUUUACUCCUUAGUCGCGCCGAUGCAGUACCAAUCUUUGCAGUCUUACCAUCCGCGGGUACAUUUAGGGCUUCAUUUGUCUACAACAACUGGGGAUACGAGCUCGUGGGUCAGAUACUCGAGCGAGUCACUGGCAAAUCACUCUCACAGUUGCUUCAUGAAAGGUUCUUCAAGCCUCUCAACAUGACAAGGACAAGCACACAGUGGGACCAUCCUUCCCGUAACAUGGCCAACUCAUACACCGUCCUUGAUGAUCGCUCUGUGAUCCAAGUGCCCCGCCCCACAAUGGAGAAGGGUAAUCUCAUGGAAGCUGCUGGCGGUGUCAAGAGCUCUCUCGGAGACCUCAUCCUCCUCUACACAGAAAUGCUCGAAGCUUUGACUUCUGCCGACGCGAAUGAACAGCCUCCAAACAAUGUUUUUAGAAACAGUCUUGAAAUAUUCGGCUCGACGCAUCCUCUGCCGGGUUGGAGUCUGCGAGAGCAAAGCUAUGGCAUGGGAUGGUGCAGAGCGCAACUACCCGGGCAGCUUGGUCGCAUAUCUGAAAAUGUAGCGCUAAGACCCCAACCAGUCGUUGGAAAGGACUCUCCUUCCCGACUCGACAUCUAUCAUCAUGGGAGCAUGUGCGGCAGCACAACGGUCGUCAAUCUGAUACCCGAGACCCAAUCGGUUGUUAUCGCGCUACGAAAUUCGCUGGGCCCUGUUGACGUUGCCGACUUCGCCGCUGAGCUCCUCAUCGAAUGUCUGCUUAACGUUCCAAAGCCGAUAGAAUAUGUGGAGCUAGCACUAGGAGAUACCCUCAAGGCUUUUGAGUACAUGGACAGGAUCAAACAUCAGCUCGACCAGGAGCGUAUACCAGGAACCGUUGCGAGACCGGCUACAGAUUAUGUGGGAACGUAUUGGAACCAAAUGCACAAUUGGCGGAUCGACGUAUCUCACGACGAAGAAGACUUGUUCGUGUCUCUCCAAGGUCCCUCCGCACGACGUUUUCCUUUGGAACAUUAUCACUACGAUACAUUUUCGUGGUGGAUGCCCUAUAACGAUGUCAUGCGGUCGGCACAAUAUGUCAUCGGAACAACAGCACAUACGUGGCUUAUGCAGUUCGAAGCGAACAAUCUUGAAGCCAUAAAAAGACUAAAAUGGGCUCUGGAAGGGCCUCUUCCAGACUAUCAAGAGACGUUCACGCGCGAAACCACAGAAACCGCGCAUGACUUGACUGUGCCGAACCUCGAGCUUUUACAUUUACGUGGCUUUUGA